GGGUGCUACACACGUCAAUCAGUUGCCUAACGUUGUGCUGCUCUCCAGUCAGCCAGCUAGCUUCUCUUGUUAGCUGUUUAUGAAGCUGUGUGUUAAAGGCAGGUUUUUAAAGUGUUCUCCGUUUGGUUGAUGUGGAUUUGAAGACGUGUUUAACACAUUAAACGACCCGUGGCCUUGUUGUGUAUCCAAAUAAACCAGUCUCCAGGAGGAGGAAUGAACCAUAAGAGUAAGAAGAGGAUUAAAGAGGCGAAACGGAGCGCCAGACCCGAGCUGAAGGACUCUUUAGACUGGAUCAAACACGGUUAUCAUGAGAGUUUCGACGUGUCCCACAGCACCGUGAAGGACAAUGUUGAGCGCGUGGACAGCCUCCACAUCUCCCCUGAAGAGUUCAUCCAGCACUUUGAGCGACCCUACAAACCCGUCGUCCUGCAGAGCUGUCAGGACGACUGGCCCGCCCGAGAAAAAUGGACAAUGGAGCGCCUCAAACGCAAAUACCGCAACCAGAAGUUCAAGUGUGGGGAGGACAACGACGGGUACUCCGUGAAGAUGAAGAUGAAGUACUAUGUGGAGUACCUGGAGAGCACCAAGGACGACAGCCCGCUCUACAUCUUUGACAGCAGCUACGGCGAACACGCCAAGCGUCGGAAGCUCCUGGAGGACUACCAGGUGCCCGUCUUCUUCAAGGACGACCUGUUCCAGUUUGCAGGAGAGAAGCGCAGACCGCCGUACAGGUGGUUCGUAAUGGGCCCGGCUCGCUCCGGCACGGGUAUCCACAUCGACCCGCUGGGCACCAGUGCCUGGAACGCCCUGGUUCAAGGACACAAGAGGUGGUGUCUGUUCCCCACCAACACUCCUCGUGAGCUCAUCAAGGUGACCAGAGACGACGGGGGCAACCAGCAGGACGAGGCCGUCACCUGGUUCAAAGUGGUUUACCCCCGAACACAGCAGCCUAACUGGCCUCCGGAGUUCAAGCCGCUGGAGAUCCUCCAAAGACCCGGGGAGACCGUGUUUGUGCCUGGUGGAUGGUGGCACGUGGUCCUCAACCUGGACACGACAAUCGCAGUCACUCAGAACUUUGCCAGCACCACUAACUUCCCCAUCGUCUGGCACAAGACCGUCCGAGGACGACCCAAACUCUCCAGGAAGUGGUAUCGUGUUUUAAAGACAGAGAGACCCGACCUGGCCGUCCUCGCAGACAAAGUGGACCUGCAGGAGUCCACGGGCAUCGCUUCAGACAGCUCCAGUGACUCAUCGUCAUCGUCCUCCUCCAGCUCCUCGGACUCAGACUCUAAUGCCGAGUCGGGCUCCGAGGGAGACGCCAUGACCCACCGCCGGAAGAAGAGGCGGACCUGCGGGAUGACGGCGAACGGCGACACCAGCGGUCAGGACGACUGCGUGAGCAAGGAGAGGAGCUCGUCACGGUGACCUCCCGCCUCCGCGCUGCCUCCACCACCGGGCUCCAGCGGUGACUCCUCCACUAACAAACACACAAACAGCUGCUCCUAGUCCAGGUCAGGUAGAAGGCCGAGUUCCUGAAUCAGAGACAAUAUGGCCGCCGCUGCUCAGAGGAGAGGUGUGUUGGAAGUAGGAGGACCUGCUGGAGAGCUGCCACCACUGUGCUUUCAAUAUGAAUCUGUAUGUUUGUCUCUGUGGGCCGUGUAAUGUGAGGAAACAUGAAGAGAGAUUAUGAUCAGUAUCAAACUGGGGGAGGGGAGAGGGUCUGGGAGGGAGAGGGUCUGGGAGGGAGAGGGUCUGGGAGGGGAGAGGGUCUGGGAGGGAGAGGGUCUGGGAGGGGAGAGGGUCUGGGAGGGGAGAGGGUCUGGGAGGGAGAGGGUCUGGGAGGGAGAGGGUCUGGGAGGGGAGAGGAUCUGUGAGCUCCUUGUUGUGGUCUGUGAAAGUCUGUCUUUUGUGUGUUUGGUGAGAAUCAGAGGGCUCAGAGUGUCUUUGGAGGUCAGGACGCGUUCAGCCACCAGAGGAGUUCACACAGAACCAUCCUGCUUUUAUUAUUCUAUCGUAUCCUUCAAAUCUUAGAAACAUAAGUGCUUCUUUUUUUAACCCGAACCGCCAAAUAUCUGCACACUUUAACGAUACGAACCCCUUGUGCCUGUAGAUCCACAGGCAGCACUGGCCUGUGGAGGUCUGACCACACCAGACCGGGUCACAGCAAGCCGUCCAAGUAUACGUCAAAGAAUUCAGAACCAGUGUUCCAACGAGGGAGUGUCCAAAGUAGACUAAAGGGAAGAAAACUCUCAGUCAAAAUAAAACCACUUAAUCAACACGUGUAAAUACAGGAUCACAGUCUGUGUCUAAAGUUAGCAGAGCUAGCACCACCAGCCUUCAGUCCUGCUUGCAGGUUAGCGUCCACUAACACAGACUCGAGUGCUCUGACCUAAAACAGGAACUUCUGGUGUGAUCAGAUCUCCUGGUUCAAAAGAUCCAGACUUGCCUUGCCCAGAUAAGUUCUUAACACUUCCUUCCAGUCUGACCCGGCUUUAAGACCUGACUGAGUCCUCCAUCACAGUAAACUCUCUGGUGGCUCGUCCCUUUAGAGUCAUUGAACGUGGUCUUAUCUCUUCUCCUACCUGCCUUGGUGAUCGAUGGCGUCUCAUGCUGGAGUCUAGGCGUCCCUUUAGCCUGCCUUACUGUCAGUGUCAUGUCAGAGUGUGUGUCUGCUGUAGGUGUGUGUGACGUUAAAGAGUCUCUCUCUGUGCUGUGGAUGACGUGACGUGCCCCUGAGGUGCAGCAGGCUCAACACAGUCAUGUUGAGUUAGUGCUUCAGUUAGAACGCCUGACAGCAGAGGGCGCUGUGUUCACCAGGGUGCCCUGAACAGGCAUUAUUGAGAGUCUCCAGGUUGUGCAGCAUGAGAUCUUUAUUAUUUUCCUCUUUCUUUAAAGCUUGUUGGAGUUAUUAAUCACUGAUACAGAUCCUACAAGUCAGUCAAAUACACUAAAACUAACAAAUACUUGCUUCAAUGAUUAAUCUGCUGAUUUGAGCCGAACAUCUUCACCAACAGCGCUUCAAACUUUCAGAGAUUCUCUAAAGAAAUCGAUCAAAUCAUCUCUCCUGCUCCUCUUUAAAUGUGACUGUUUAUUGUUUUAGUCUUCUGUCACAGUUUCCUGGAUCUAAGUUUGGGUCUGUUGGUCGAACACGACAAGAAAUCCAACGACGUCAUCCCAGAUAUUUAAAGAACAGACGUUAUCGUACGGCUGUGGAUUGUUUCAGAUACUUUAAAACCACAGACUAUAAAUAACAGACGUAGUCUCCGUGACGUCACCCGCCUGUUCCUGAGCGCUGUUUGGAAGCCCAUCGGUGGCGGCAGCCAUGUUGGAAAUGCUGAACUCAACCAGGCAGAGUGUGACGUAAAGGGGCGGAGUUUGAGCCUCCUAGCCAACAGCUAUGUGUUCCCGCCCGGGAGUCACGUCAGUCAUGUCCUUAUUUGGGCAAAAACUCCUAAUCUUAAAUUAGCGACGUAGACCGAAGUCGUCUUUUUUUGAACCCGGCUGUAAACGUGUUUAUUUCUGCUGUAAAGAUCGGCUCUUUGAAUGGGUGUGUAUGUGGUUUCAGUGUUUCUGCAGCCAGCCUCUAGUGGACGCUCAAAGAACUGCAGUUUCUAACACUUCUGCACAGGCUUCAUAUUUGGAGACCAGAGGUUGCCGCUUGUUUGAAACCAAGCAGUCAUGAUUUGGAAACAUAUGCACACGUAUCAAGAAGUCAAGAAGGGAAUUAAAAAGGAAACAAUACCAGGUGUUUGAACUUCAGUAUCACACCAGUAAGAAUCAAACAGUUAAUAAUGAUAAUAAUAAUAUACAAUCAAUUUAAAACCCUUCCUCUGAUUGGUCAUAAUCCACAGGAAGUGUGUGGUUGUGUUUGUUUGAAUAGAGUCAUGUUUACUCUCCAUGUUUUCAUUCUAAUGUGCAUCAAUCAUCGUACAUCAUGACUAGUUGAAAUCAUUCAGGGCCAAGCUGGCUUCAAUGUCUCUCUCCUUUACUUUGCAGCAGACAUAAAACGCCGUACGUGAUGGAAGAACUACGUGUUAAUUGCCGGUUUGUGAAUGAGGAGAGUUAGCGGUGUAGCGUCUGUGACUGAGGGCAGAGCAGAGAGACACACAGCAGGUAUAUAGAAGAGUGACUUCAGCAGCAAACAAAUAGAAUCUCGCAUUUUUCUGCACGUUUAUUUGAAGUGUUGAUUCGUACGUUUGGAGCGUGACCGCUGUGAAAAAUCAAAACAACGCCUUAUAUUUUAUUUUUACGUUUUCUUCACUGACGCUCUCUUCUCUUCUCCUCUCUUCUCUUCUCUUCUCUUCUCUUCUCUUCUCUUCUCUUCUCUUCUCUUCUCUCCUCUCCUCUCCUCUCCUCUCCUCUCCUCUCCUCUCCUCUCCUCUCCUCUCCUCUCCUCUCCUCUCCUCUCCUCUCCUCUUCUCUUCUCUUCUCUUCUCUUUUGUUUUGAUGCCAAUCAACCACCGCUGCUCGCUCGCUCUCUUCUGUCUGUUUGUGGGAGCUUCAGGGUUGAAAAUAUUUGUGUAGAUCUGAACUCCUUGAUUCUUUUAGAUUCUGUCCAAAGUAUGAAUAAUAAGUAUUGUAUUGUUUUCAGGCUUGUGGUUUUGAAAGGGAUCAAAUAUCUGUAAACACUGAAUCAGAAAGAGUCCGUGUCAAGUGUCCAGGUCCUGACACUAAACCUAGAGUAUUUGUGUUUACUGAAAUCCACUUUGUAAACAAGUUAUCUUCUUUUAUUUCAUGUAACAGAAUCCGUCUUGUUCGGUCUGACCAACAGUUCAAAGCUCAGAGACGUAGUGACUGUGACAGAAAACAGAACAUCUGCACUUUUAAAACUAUGAAUUAUUAAUCGUCAGGCCGUCUGAUUGAUCUCCUGUCUCGGCUCGGCGCUCCAGUCCAAGUUUGUGUAGUCUCUGUGGAUCUUUAAUCCUUUCAAAUAAUCAGCUGUGAAGUCGUGCAGAAGGCAAACGUUGGUGCCGCUCAUGAGAAUCUGUUGCUUUAGACUUAAAGUGCCUAUAAAGAAGUGAGGUGUGUUAGCCUGUCUGUCUGUCUGUCUGUCUGUCUGUCUGUCUGUCUGUCUGUCUGUCUGUCUGUCUGUCUGUCUGUCUGUCUGUCUGUCUGUCUGUCUGUCUGUCUGUCUGUCUGUCUGUCUGUCUGCCUGCCUGCCUGUCUGUCUGUCUCUCUGUCUGUCUGUCUGCCUGUCUGUCUGUCUGUCUGUCUGUUUGAGUGUCUGUUUGAGUGUCUGUGUUUGUAUCUGAUAUCUAAGGCACGAUGUCGGUCUGUGAGGUCGGUCACAUGGUGCCUUCCGUCUCUGUUAGAGUUAGAGGACGGAUGCUGAUGCUGGUCCUCGUCUCCGUGUGGGACGUUGAUUUGAGGAGAGGAGACUCUUCGUUUUGUUUCUCAAUAAAAUCUUUUCUAUGACUCAAA